UAGAGAGAGAAAGUAGAGAACAAAACGCUCUUUACUCUUUUAAUUUUUCUUCUUUCGCCUCUUCAUCGCCAUCAUUAGCAACAAAGCUACUCACCCAUUUCUUCAAGUAUUGAUUUUUCAUUUUUCAUUUUUCUAUCUUCAAAUUUUCAACUACUGGAGAGAGAGAGUUGAGUGCAUGUUCUCAACUAGGCCUUGUGAGCCAGAUCUUGCUCUUGUUCCAGAAAUCUCAGAUGGGUUCUUCUCUGAUCAGUGGAAAAUGCCGAAGAACCCAUGAUCUGCUAGUGUUAUCUCCUCAAGUUUCGGCAUUUUCCAUGAUUUUCUGAUCUGGGUUUUGGUCUGUUUUCCUUUUCUCGGAUUGCUCUGUUUCAUUACUAUUUUGGGUGCUUGCUGUUCAUGGGGUUGGCAGUUUCAGCAUUGCUUCAGAUUCUGUGAUCGGAAUUGAGCUUCGUUUUUGGGUCUUCGAUCUGAGUUUUCUGCGUUGGUGUGGAAUUGUGAUCAAUGGAAGAGCAAGGCCACGAACUGAUCGAAUUCAAACACGUUUGCAAGUUCUGCAAGAAGAGCUUCCCCUGUGGGAGAUCUUUGGGAGGCCAUAUGAGGUCUCAUAUGAUCAACAGCUCUUUUGAAACUGAUGAAAAGCUCAGCAAAACCAAGCUUUCAUCUCUCCACAAAGCUGCAACCAAUCCUGGUUCUGAAACUGCAACUCAAAUUGGUUAUGGCCUCAGAGAGAACCCUAGGAAGACUUGGAGAAUUGCAGAUUCAAGUGAAGACACUUCACUUCUGGGCAAGUUCUGCAAGGACUGUGGCAAAGGGUUUCAGUCAUGGAAAGCUCUGUUUGGCCACAUGAGGUCUCACUCAGAGAAGGAGAGACUUUCCAACAGCUUGGAGGAGGAAGAUUCAUGGACUAGUGCUAAUCAGAAGUUGGUCAUGGAUAGCCAGUCCGAUACUGAAACUGCAGUCCCAAAUCGCAAAAAGAGAUCAAGGAGAAGAACAAGGUACAUGGCCACUGCAACCUCCUCCUCUUUUUCUUUUGCUAAUGCUUCUUCCUCUGUUUCUGAGAUUGAGCAAGAACAAGAAGAGGUUGCUAUAAGUUUGAUGAUGCUUUCAAGGGAUUCUGGUAACUGGGGUGGUUUGAAUUCUGUUACUGAGUCUUCUGAUAACAAUUCUGUGUUCUUAGAAGCUCCAUCCUCCUUUCCAACUAAUCGGAAUACCAGAAUUGAGAGUAAGACUACUAAUGGCUGUGAUGGUGGUGAGGUUGUGAAGCUGAAGAAGCUCAUAAAAGAUGAGAAGUUCAAUCCUUCUGCUUUGGAUUCGGAUGAUUUCCAGUUUUACUGCAAACAAUCCGAAUUCGGGGCUUCUGGGAAUUCAAGAAAUGAUUCCAAGUUGAACAAAUCUGAAGUUCUGGAGACUAAUAAAAGCAACAAGCUUAAGGUAGAAGAUGGGUUCAGAUUUGAGUCCUCUGAAAACGAAUUGGGGAAGAAACUAGUGAAAGAAAAUGGAUUGGACCAAGCUGAACUGCUUUCCAUUAAGUACAAUUCAAACAAGAGAAAGUUCCGAGACUUCUACGAUCCCGAAUUGAAGGUGAACUGCUCAAAGAAAACGACUAAUAAUGAUGGUACAGACUCCGAAAUCUGCAGGGAUUCUCAGAAGAGAAGCAAAUUUGAGUGUACUACCUGCAACAAGACCUUCCACUCUUACCAAGCUCUAGGGGGUCACAGAGCUAGCCACAAAAAGAUCAAAGGUUGCUUUGCUUCGAGGAUCGACAGCAGCGAAAACAGCAUCGACCCUGAACUCUCCCCUGACCCUACUGCUGAUAGCAAGCUCACUAAGCCCUGCAACAACCAUAGCCCCAGCCGCAGCCCCGGCCCCAUCCAUGGCCACACUGCCAGUGCCUCUGCUGUGAAGGCUGAGACAAUUUUGGGAUCAAAGAAGAGUAAGGGCCAUGAGUGCCCAAUUUGCCUCAAGGUUUUCUCAUCAGGCCAGGCAUUGGGUGGUCACAAGAGAUCACAUUUGGUUGGUGGGUCAGAUACCAGAGGCAGCCAAACCAUUGUUAUUCCCAAGCCCCUUCCAGAGAUCAGAGACCUUCUUGAUCUUAACCUUCCUGCUCCUGCAGAGGAAGAGGGCGGGUUCAAGGCAUGGUGGGUUGGAAGCAGCCACAAGCAUGAGCCACUGGUGGGCAUGAUAUCAAACUGAAGUGUCCUGGUCACAGCCAUGGUUUUCAAGCAAGAUUCAAAGAGUGUACAGACAAGUUCUGGAUAUUAAUUCAUUAAUUCUUUCUCAGUAUUCACCAAGGUAACACUUCCAUUUGCCCUCAAAAGUAACCUUCCAUUUUCCUCCUUUUAUUUCUCAUCUGUUUGGUCAUAUAGAAAAUAAACCUCUACUACUGCGACAUUUCCAAGCUGAUGAUUCUUCUGUCUCAGCUCCAAACUCCAAUACUGUAAUUGAAUUUCAUCUCUAUUUUUCAACUAGUACUGCAUAUUUC